GAUCGAGCCUGGGCAUGCCUUUCGCUCGAUGCUCUCUGGUAACGAUUUCUCCCACCUUCCCCUGCGACUAUGACGAUGCUGACACCAUUUUGAUGGUAACCAGAAAGUGGGGCUUCAGGCCUCGCGGCAAAAACACAGGUAAAAAGCACAGGAAGAACUUGCCAUUUAGGAAAGGGGGAAAAAAGCAAUAAAAGAAAAGAUUAUUUUUAUUAUUUUCCUCUCACCCGAAAUGGCCAAUGUGCUCUGUAACAGAGCCAGGCUGGUUACAUACCUCCCAGGAUUUCAGUCUUUAGUCAGGAGGGUUGUAAAUCCCAAAGCUUUUUCCACUGCUGGAUCUUCAGGUUCAGAUGAGUCUCAUGUAGCUACUGCACCCCCAGAUAUAUGUUCAAGGACUGUGUGGCCAGAUGAAACAAUGGGACCAUUUGGGCCCCAGGAUCAAAGAUUUCAGCUCCCUGGGAACAUAGGUUUUGACUGUCACCUCAGUGGGACAGCUUUGCAGAAGAAAAGUCCAGUUCAUAAAACUUUGCCUGAUGUCCUAGCAGAGCCAUUAUCAAGUGAAAGGCAUGAAUUUGUGAUGGCACAGUAUAUAAGUGAAUUUGAGGGCAGUGAUGCACCUGUUGAACAACAGGAAAUUAACAGGGCAGAAACUUAUUUUGAAAAUGCCAAAGUAGAAUGUGUUAUACAAACAUGUCCAGAGCUACUUCGAAGAGAUUUUGAAUCAAUGUUUCCAGAAGUGAAUUCUGGCAAAUUAGUGGUACUAACUGUAACACAGAAAACCAAAAAUGAUAUGACCAUAUGGAGUGAGGAGGUUGAAAAUGAAAGAGAAAUGCUAUUAGAGAAGUUUAUAAAUGGCGCUAAAGAAAUUUGCUAUGCUCUACGUACUGAAGGCUAUUGGGCUGACUUUAUUGAUCCAUCAUCUGGAUUGGCAUUUUUUGGACCGUAUACAAGCAACACUCUUUUUGAAACAGAUGAGCGUUAUCGACAGUUAGGGUUUUCUGUUGAUGAUCUUGGCUGCUGCAAAGUGAUUCGCCACAGUCUUUGGGGUACCCACGUGGUUGUUGGAAGUAUCUUCACGAAUGCCACAGCUGACAGUCGCAUUAUGAAGAAAUUAAGUGGAAACUAGGUGGCAGCUGCAUUAUUUGUACUUGACACUUUGUCUAUAAACACUGUAAAAAAGUCUUCAGUUUUUUAAAAUACUCAUUUCUAGGUUAAAAAAAAAAUUAUUUCAGCAUCUGUAAACUUAAGAGUUUGCGAUUCAUGAGAUUUUCAAAAAAUGGCAAAUGUUCACUCAUAUUUCUGUUUAAUACAUGUUAACCACCUAUAUUAUAUAAAAAGCAGUAAUUCAUAUGGAUGCAAGGCUUGAUUCCAUAUUACAUGUUUAUGGAGAGUUUGGGCUAUUUCUCUUUUACAUUUGAAAAUUUCAGUUUUACUUACAUCCUUCCAAAAAUAAAUCACAGGUUAAGAAGAUGAAGAUGAUGUUUCUUUUCCCAUUGUGAUGCCUUUCAAAUUGAUUUCUGAAAGCUUUUAAAUUCAGAUUCAUAUAAAUCUUAUCAAGUUGCACAAUUUUGGUAAUUUUAGUUGUGAUCUAUAGAUUCAGGUUAAGAAUCUUUCUCCAUGUUUACUGGAAAAGCUGUACUUUUUACUACAUUUUUAAAGUUGGUCCUCAAAUCUAAAACUUUUAAAGUUUUGAUAUUUUCCUCAUUUUCACUCUGUAGAUACUUACUUUGUGUUAAGGUGUAUACAUCAACAUCAUUAUAUAAGCUGUAGGCCUUGGGUUUAGAAAUAAGUGUCAGAAUGUAAACACAUUUGUUUAUUAUAGACAAUUUUUUGUUUCAUUUGCCAAAUCUAUUUUUUUUGUGAUCCAAUGAUAAAUUGAAACUGCUGCAUGUUACAGAAUACCUCAGUCAAUAACAGAACUUAUUUUUUGACAAUAUAAACUUGAAAAGACUAAUCUUGUAUCAUUGGCCUUUUGCCAAUAACUACCUUGAAAAUAAUAAGAAUAUGUAACUUAUACCAGAAAGUAUUCAUUGCCCCUGUAUCUUGGGUUCCUCCUGUAAUUGUUAAAUGAGGUUAUCAAACACCUAUUUAAGAAUUGACCCAAAGAAAUGACAAAAUCUACCUUCCUUGAUUAACACUUACCUUGGUAAUAGGUUAUGUUUAUGCUUACAGGAAAAGUAUUUGUUAUCACUUACUGUAAAGAAAAACAAUGAUUCCCUUUUUUUUUGUACUUAAUACUAGAGUCAGUAUUUUUUAAACGGGCUGCCAGAUGAGAGGUUGGAAAAGAUAAUCUCUAAGUUCCCUUCCCUUUUAACAUUCUCUAAUUCUAGAUAUUAAUGAUUCAAAUACAGAAACCAUCUCUAAUAGAUUCUUAAUGAACUCCCAAGGGUCCAUGCUGUGAGACUACCUCACUGUACGGUCCUUUUCUUCAGUAAAUAGUCCUCUAUAAAAUACCAUGUGUUUUUAAGUAGCUCUUGCCACUUCGUAUUUUGCCUGUCUUUUAAUGCAGUAGUACCCACCGAAAUACUACUUUUUCACUCUUUGCUAUUUUGACCUGCCAGUAUUUAUCAGCUGGAACAAUUGAUUUAUUGUUUCAUAUGUAUUUCUCUUGUCAGCUAUCAGUACUUCUUUCAAAAAAGAAGCACCCCAUUCUGCAAAAAGUUUACUGCUGUCUUUGUGUUAGAUAAACAAAGCAUUGAAAAAUAUUUACUUUAUUUUGUUUUUGAUGCAAUUACCAGCAGUAUGGCAAAAAGCAAGGACUUCUUAUACAGAGUUGUAUUCUAUAAGGAAUAGUGCUGUGACAAAGUUGUGAUAUUUAGAUAGUCAAUAUGGAGACAAACUCUUCUCCAGUGAGUUCUGUGAACACUUACCCUUAACACAAGGAAAUAGGUGACAGUUAUUGUGCUAAUAAAUGCCUGGAAAACA